AUGCCCUUUGGAACCUUGAAAACGAAGGGGGCCACAGCCAUACCAUCCCAUUCACCAUCUUAUCCAGGUAAAGAGAUUGCCUUCUCCGACGUCGAUGUCCUCAAAAUCUCCUUUUAUACUAAAGCCGACGCUGUCAAGGAGUUCAUCCCCGAAGAGCUCGAGAUUGAAGAUGAGCCACUGGUCACCUACACUCUGAAUCGGUGGGGAUUCAGCUCCAUUGGGCCCUACACUGAGUUCAUCGGCUUGAUCGAGGUCAAGUACAAGGGUGAAACGUACGACUAUGCCUUGGAGCUGAUUCUCGACAACGAGGGUGCCAUCUUCUUGGGCCGCGAACAGUAUGGCUUUCCCAAGGUUGUGGGAAAAGUGGAAUUCGACCGAUCAUCAACCGGGACUCCCUCUAUGGGCUAUCUCCAUGGACAUGUCGAGCGACCGACAGGGACCCCUAUUAUCCAAUUCGCGUUCAAGCCAACAGAAAAGAUUCACGGGGUCAAGAGUCUGCCUCCGCCAGAGAAGAGGCUGCUUUCCCUGCGAAUCAUUCCCAGCCCGAUUAUCGGGCAGCCGCCAACCGUGCGCGAGUUCUUGUCCCUGAGUUCUCACUUCACUGAAGGCGAAGUGUGGGCUGGCGUGGGCUCUUUGCACUUCAGUCCCAGCUCCGACUUUGAAGCGGCGGCAAGAGUACCCGUGGUGCGGUACAAGGACGCGAUCCUUCUGACCAAAACCACUACCUCCAUCAAUCCAGAUGUUAAAGUGUUCACCCUCAACCAACAGUCAAUGGCGAGAGAAGAUAUCGAAUUUGAAACAGCAGAUCAUGUUACAUUGCGUGGGUGGUUUUUCAAACCCAACAACGGGCCAUGCGGCCGCAGUCCGUGCCUGGUCAUGUCGCAUGGUUUUACCGCCAUCAAGGAAAUGGGGCUCGACAGAUUCGCGGAGCGUUUCACUUCGACCUUGAACAUUGGCUGCUUAAUAUAUGACAAUCGAGGGUUCGGCGACAGUGAUGUCCUGCCGGGGCAACCUCGUCAUGAGAUCUUGCCGCCAGUGCAGAACAGCGACAUUGGAGACGCAGUCACGUAUGCGCAAUCGAGACCAGAUGUUGAUCCCGAUCACGUCGGUCUCUGGGGAGUGUCUUACAGCGGCGGUCAUGUUCUCUGGUCGGGCGCUGUUGACCGUCGAGUCAAGGCUGUUUUGAGCAUGUUUCCGUGUGUCAGUGGCUGGGACACUUUUCACAAACUGAUACGUCCCGAUUUCGUGCCGGCGUUGAAUUUACUGUUCCAACAAGAUCGCCUUGCUCGAGCCAAAGGGAAGACUCCUGCGACGAUGCCUGCCAUUGAUCCUGAUCCUCUCAAGCCCUCGGCCCUUCCCAUGACAGAGGCAUAUGGGUUUUUCAGUGCCUGGGCUAAACACACAAAUUGGAAAAAUGAAGUGACUGUGAGAUCCAUCGAGGCACUCCGAGCAUAUGAGCCAGGGGAGCACAUAAGUCACCUCUCGCCAACUCCCUUACUGAUGACGAUAGCUGAACGAGAUUUUGCGGCGCCUACCGACCUUGCUCUGAAGGCAUAUGCGCGGGCAUUGGAGCCAAAGGAGCUGCACAUGGUCUCAUGCGGACAUUUUGAUGGUUUCUCCGACCCCAUGUUUGAGACAAUUGCAAGGCGGCAGAUAGAUUUCCUGAGAAAGACUCUAUGCCGAGAUGGGUGA